GGGCAUGCACGACGACACAGGAUGACCCCAUGCGGAGCUUAUGUAAAUUCUAAGUUUCCAGUAUAUGAGAUAGUGCCCUCUCAUGGUUUAGACUCCGACUCACCACUCGACGGACAACGCUCCAAAUGUCCAACCCACCUCAGCCGUCGCAUAUCAUACGCUCGAAAUCUGAGCCUAUACAGAAUAGAAGGGGUCGACGUAAUUUGACAGUCAAUCUUUUCACAUUCUCAGGGUCCCAGAGAGGACUUCCUGGGGGCAGAACAGUAACUACUAGUACAGCAGCGCGUUCCGACACUGUCUAUAACGAACCCUGCACCUCGAGUCAACAGGACGCAGGGCAGUCCACGGGGAACAAAAAAGUCCCUGAGUGCAACACCCGGUCUAGGUAUGACGAUUCACAGGCAUCCACGUCGGAACUUCCACCUCUUCCUGAAAUACAACUGGCACUAGCAGAAGAUCUGACGGGUCAGAUCUUCUGUGGAAUGAAGGGUUACGUUGCCAGUGGUGCAUUCGCAAACGUUUACAGAUGUGAAUGGAGAAAACCGUCGGGCCCUGUCAAGAAGGUCGCAGUAAAAACCUUCAGGCACCACACGGAUCCCACCAUCUCAAAGCAGGAAUUAAGAAUGUUUCAACGAGAAGCUGCAAUAUGGGCACACCUCGUCCAUGACAAUAUCGUCACACUUUAUGGAACGACAGAGGAGUUCGGGCCAACCACAGCCCUUGUCUCCCAGUGGUUCCCGCACGAUACGCUGUCCCGUCUUAUCAGAGAACAGGGUGCUACACUAACGAUCAAAUCCAAAUUGAAGCUGCUUCACGGCAUAGCAUCUGGGCUCCACUAUCUUCACUCUUUUCCUAUUGUCCACGGUGACAUUACGAGCUCUAAUAUUUUGGUAGAUCUCAAGGAAGGAGAAUACAAGGCUUGCCUAACGGACUUCAGUUUGUCAAAUGUCCUCUGCGGACAUUUAAAAAUGUGCCAAAUCGAAGCAUCAACUGUUCGGUCUGGUGCAGUCAGGUGGACGGCGCCUGAGUUGCUCGGGUCACAUGAUCCCCCUUCUGAUAUUAAACCGACCACGCAGAACGACAUGUAUUCUUUUGGUCGUGUCAUGUUCCAUUUGUUGACUCUGAUUAUUCCUUGGCAUAACAUUGACGAGUACAAAGUCAUUCAAAAAAUACAAAAUGGAGAGGAUGUCCUGCGUCCUGAGGUAUCCGAGGCGACGUCUGACGUUACAGACGCACGCUGGGGUCAUAUCGAGCAGUGUUGGUCAAUUGAUCCACCUGCUCGUCCAUGUGCCCUGACGGCUAUGAAAUUCAUGACGAGGGAGCUAGAGGCUUUGAAACAGGAUUAUGUCCUUGUUGGCGGGGUACAAGAAAACCAUCAAAAUAAAUAUUUAGUCGCGGAGCCGUCUAGGAUUUCUACUGCACCGUCGUUACCCAAUCCCGUUCCCUCUAGUCCUUUAAUACAUCAUCUCUUCUCUACAACCUCGUCGCUGAUGCAGGUCCUUUGAAUGUGUUACUUUUCGGGGAGACCGGAGUUGGAAAGAGCGCCAUCAUCAACUUGAUUAUGGGAUGGGAUGCUGCACAGACGCCGCCAGACGCAGCAACCUGCACACUGCAGCACACCUCUCAUGAAGUUGGUCUUGCAGAUCGCCGAUUCAAACUUUGGGAAGUUUCCUCGAUCGAAUCAAUGGGUUUUUUCCAGGCCCUUUUUACAAAA